AAAGUGAGUAUAAAGACUCGGGACGUUUAAGAAGAGUGACGAGUUUGUUUUGAGCAGUGUGUAAGUUUUUAUUAGGAAAAUGAAUUUGAUUUCCCUCGUACUGCUGAUUAUGUGGAUCGGUCAGAUGAACACGAUUUAUGGCCAGGAAUGUCCCAGUACUCAGGAGCUGCAAAAUUCCCUACGCCAAGCACAAAAGCUGCUCGCAUCACAUGAGGCCUCGUACCUGCAGAGUCUCCGCAGCCUGAAGAGGAAAAUCAGCCAGCUGCAGAACAGCACGGCCCGUGUGCCUGCCAAACCCAGUAAUGCUUUCUGUCCGAAACUGGACGCUCCCCUCAAUGGACGAAAAUUAGGAAAAGGUCUACUGCUAGGUCAUGAGGUUCACUUCCUGUGCGACUCCGGCUACGAGCUGGUGGGCUCUGAGACCCGGCAGUGUAAAGAGUCGCUAACCUGGAGCGGCCAACAGCCUGUCUGCAAGGAAAUAAAUGAGUGCGCCUCUUCACCCUGUGCCAACGGGGGUUCAUGCACAGAUGAAGUCAAUGGAUUCACAUGUGUAUGUGCCAGAGGAUGGGCAGGACAUACAUGCCAAUCUCCAACGCCCACAUUUUUUGUUACAACAACCAACAUCUCUACUGCCACCUCUGGAGCUGCAGCUGCUGCCACCUCGUUUCCUUUAACGACUCUGCUUCCAUUUGUGCAGCCGUCCAAGUGCGUCCAGGUCCAGGGCACCACACACUGCACCUGUCAGGCAGGAUAUACCAUUUCAGGUCGCGACACCAGCAUCUGCACAGACAUCGAUGAGUGUGAAGUAUUCAAUAACGGCCCGGCAGGUCGUUUGUGCAUUCAUGCUUGUGUUAACACUCCUGGUGGAUAUCGCUGUUCAUGCCCAGCUGGCUACGAAAUGAGCCAGGACGGCCGAAGCUGCAGAGACAUCGAUGAGUGCACCACAAGGCAGAACAACUGCACCCGUGAUCGCCUGUGUAUUAACACAUAUGGAGGUUUUCAGUGUAUGAAGGUGGAAUGUCCACGCAUCCGAAAUGUGACCUAUGUCAAAACUUCACCCACGCGAUGUGAAAGGAACCCCUGCCCCGUGGACAAUAAGGCAUGUUCUCAGGCGCCCAACUCCAUCACCUACCACCACAUGUCAGUGGUGUCAAAUCUCUCAGCUCAGCGGGUCAUGUUCAGGGUUUCGUCUGUACGGAUGAUCGGAGAUACGUUGCGUUUCGCUUUGCUAGGGGCCCGCGGGCGACGCCAUUUCACCAUCCAGCGUUCAGACCGGCAGACCGGAGAGCUGCUGCUGCUCAGCCCUAUGCUGGGCCCUGACACCAUCGAGGUACAAGUGGAGAUGAGCGAGCUGGAGAAGAGGGUGCAGAUCGGACGCUACAUCACCAAGCUUACCAUCUUCGUCUCACAAUAUGAGUUUUAG